AUGGCGGGAAGCAGGACGGUGCCGCCGCUGCUGAGCUCCGUGAACAUUCUGCUGCGACAUGGUGCGCCAGAAGUCCUCAUCACCGACAGAGGAACAGCGUUAACAGCAGAGGUCACCCAAGGCAUUCUGCAGUACAGCCAUACAAGCCACAGGAGGACAACUGCCUACCAUCGGCAGACGAAUGGUCUCACGGAGCGCCUGAACAAGACCCUCGCGGACAUGCUAGCAAUGUACCUCGACGUCGAGCACAAGACGUGGGACUCGGUCCUCCGCAGAAACCUGACGACGACGCUCGAGGCCAUGCUACCGCACGUCACCUACGAUGAAAGUCUUGACGUCGCGACCUAUCUCCAGCGCGCCGAAGAAGCCCGACAGCUCGUCUGCCUACGGAUCAAGAACCAGCAGCGUACCGACAACCGACACUACAACCUCCUACGACACUUUGUCAAGUACCAGCACGGUGACCGUGUUUGGGUUUGA